CCGUAUGUAUGAUACAACUGUGCGGUGUCCCAAACCGGAAGAAAGAAAGAAAGAAAGAAAGAAGAAGAAGAGAGUAAAAUGGAUCCCCUCCGGCGGCGGAACGCAAGGCCGGAUUUUGGCGGCUGGCCGGACCUCCCACCGGAGCUCCUCGAAGGAAUCAUGAAGCUGCUGAGCCCCCUCGACCGUGUCACCGUCCGCCUCGUCUGCUCGUCCUGGCGCACCUGCGCGCGCGCCUCCUUCCCCUCCGACCUCCCCUUCGAUGGCCCCCGCCUCCUCCUCCGCCGCCCCGGACCCGGAGGCAUCCUCGCCUUCUUCAGCCUCCGCCGCCGCCAGAUCCUCCCCUUCGCCCUCCCCUCCCGCCUCAGCGCCGCCCGCUGCUGCGGCCACUUGGGCGGCUGGCUCGCGAUGGCCUUCGACGACGACCGGGAGAUCGCCCUAUGCAACAUCACCUCCGGCGAAUCCGUGCCCAUCCCCCGGCCCCCGGUGUUCCCGGUGGCCAAGAUUGUGCUGUCCGCGCCGCCCACCUCCCCCGGAUGGGUGGUGGCCGUGCUGGGGCGCUCGGGCACGAUCGCGCUGCUCCAGACGCAGCCGGAGGGCGGUCGCUGGAUGACGCUGGAGGAGCAAGGCGCGAGGCACGGAGGGUUCGAGGACAUGGCGAUCUGGCGCGGGCGGCUGUGCGCGCUGGGCAGCGACGGCACGGUGGUGGCGUACCGGGUGAGCCUGCGCGCGCGCGUGGCGGCGGUGUCGGUCCUGCGCGCGGCGCAGCACCCGGUGGGGUACGCGGUGGCGGUGGCGGCGGGGCAGCAGCGGGUGCGCGGGCGGCUGUGCAUGUACCUGGUGGUGGACAGGUCCGGCGAGCUGGUGGUGGUGCGGAGGGAGUACGUCGUGCGGCAGGACGCGGUGGAGGUGGAGGUGGAGGUGUUCCGGUUCGCGGCGGAGGAGCGGAAGUGGGAGGCCGUGGAGGAGCUGGGCGGGCAGGCGCUGUUCGUGGGGUCGGUGGCGUCGUUGGGGACGGCGGGCGGGUCGGAGACGGGCAUCAGGGAGAACUGCGUGUACAUGGCGCGGAGGGAGGUGGAGAUGAUGGUGCCGCACGCCAUCGGGGUGUACUCGCUGGCGGAGGAGGAGGUGGCGGCGCUGGCCAUCUCCGGCGGGCACUCGGCCACCGUGGAGCCCGUAUGGAUCAAUCCGUCGCUGGCCUGACCCUCGUCACGCUCGGGGGGCCUGUUUGGGAGUUUGUCACAGAAAUCAGGAACUCUUUGAAAUAAAUAAUACUCAAUUUCUGAAAAUUGAAAUUUGUAGUUGCACAGUCCAGAAAAUGAAUCAAAAGCCGGAAACUUAACCUUUUCCGAUUGAAUCUUAUGUUUCACAAACAGAUCCUCAUACUCAUUUAUUCGAAAAAAAAUGUCUUGAAUCAAGAGCAGUAGACCUAUGAUGGCUGGAUGUAGCAAAAAGUGUUGUUGUUACAAGUGAGAGAUGUUCUUGUGUGUGCUGUACACUUCUCCCUUGUGCUGUGGCUGUGGCUGUGGCUGUGGCUCUUCCUUCCGGUGAAACACGUUGUUGGGCUCGGCCCAUGG